GAUUUGAAAAUCACCGUUUUCACCUUGCUUCACCAUACUUAACGCUGUUGAAAUGAAUAUGUUUUUCUUAUUACAGGGAACAAUAAGUAAACACGCUAGAAGAAAAAAUAGGAUCUGCGUGAUGGAUAAGACUAUCUUCAUAAUAACCUUUCCCUUUUGUGGCCCAAAUACGUUAUUCGAUUUUUGAAAUAUAUAUGUUGUGCUAGCACGUCGUGUUCUUGCUUCGAAACAUUCACUGACCCUUAUUUGUAUGCUGCUGCUUUAGAUCCCUCCUGCUUCCAAAUAAACGCCGGUAACAUUUGUAACAGAAUAUGCAGUCGAGUGUUUCCUUGGAAGAUGGAUUUUAUUCCUUCUGGAAAUCUCUUGGACCUAAGCCUCCUACCACUCUUCGAUGCUUCGAAAGAGGGGAGAUAAUGACGCUUCAUGAUUCUGAUGCUAUUCUUGUGGCUACAGAUUACUACAGGAAUCCGUCCCUCGUAAAGCGGUUUUCCAGGGGGAAGUCAAGCCUGUCGUAUGUCACUGUCAAAAAACAAAACACUGACUUUUUGAGACAUUUUCUUCUAAAGAGGCAAUAUCGCAUCGAAAUAUAUUGUUCCACAUCCAAAUGUGGGAGAGAUAAUGAGUGGAGCCUCAAGUUGAAGGCUUCUCCUGGGAACUUGAGUUCAGUAGAAGAUCUCCUUACAUCCACAUCAGAUUCAGUUGAAGCUUGUGGACUCAGUGCAGUAAAUGUAAAGCAGCUAAACGAACGAAUACAUGUGUGCCUAGCGUUUUGUGAAACUGAAAGUCGGAAGUUUCUUGUUGGUGAAUUCAUGGACUCAGUGCACCUAGCGAACUUGGAAACUGCUCUUGUUCAACUUAAAACAAGAGAAUGCCUUGUCCCUACCGGACUGCUUUCACAUCCAGAUAUUUCGAAAUCUGAUGUUACACCUUUGGGCAAUGCUAUUUCGGAGCACGUCAGUUUUAUCUUUGAAAAAACUGGGAUUUUACCUACUGAGGUAAAAAAGUCUGAAUUCUCGCACACAAUUAAACCACAAGACUUGAUCUAUUUCCUGCGAUCUGAAAAAGAAAACUCAAAUGGCUCUUUGCUCUACGAGAAAGAGUUUCUUCUCAAAGAUGCAUUGUCUUGUCUGGGUGCCAUAAUAAAAUUCCUAGAUCUAAACGCUUUUGACACGAAUCGUCAUGUAUUCACACUAGAAACUUUUAGUCUUGAAAAUCAUGUACGCCUAGAUAGUGCUGCCAGUCGGGCAUUGCACUUAUUACCUGGUCCAGAUGAUAAAAACAAGUUUCACAGUGUUUAUGGCGCAUUGAACAAUUGUCGAACAGCUCAAGGCCAGCGUCUUCUAGCUCAAUGGCUUCGACAACCUUUAAUAGAUAAGUCAAAAAUUGAAGAACGUUUGGACUUAGUUGAAUCGUUUGUUGAAGAAACUGCGAUACGUCGAGGAUUGCAUGAAGAUUUCUUACGUCGCAUCCCUGAUUUACAACGUCUAGGUCGACGUCUUAAGAAAAUCAGAGGUUCUGGCCUUCAGGAUGUCUAUCGUAUAUAUCAAGCUGUUUUACGCUUACCAUAUGCUGUUUCAUUAUUGAAUCAAUACACGGGAUCCAAACGAUCAACAGUUUACGAAUGUCUUAUAACACCUUUACAAAAAGCCAUGGAUAACUUCAUUCUGUUUAAAGAUCUAGUGGAAUCCAACAUAGAUUUGGACUAUGUUAACCAACGAAAUGAGUUCAUUAUUCGUGCUGAUAAAGAUCCGUUGCUACAAGAAAUAAGGAAUAAAUUAGACAAUCUGGAGGAAAGAAUUCGGGAUGAAUUUAGACGUUGUGCAAAAAAGCUGAACUUGGAACAGAAUAAAUCUAUCAAGUUGGAAAGCAAUGAGCUACAUGGAUAUUUUAUGCGUGUCACACUCAAGGAUGAGAAAUGUUUAAGAGGAUUUGAAACAUUUGAAAUUUUGGACACACAAAAAGGUGGUGUACGUUUUCGUAAUAACCAAAUGACUUCAUUAAAUGAAACUUAUGCUGAAGUGAAACAAGAAUAUAAUGGAUUACAAGAAGUGGUUGUACAUCAGGUUGUUUGUGCCGCAGCUACUUAUUUAGAGCCUAUUAAUCAAUUGAAUGCAACCACUGCGUUCUUAGAUGUUAUUGUUAGCCUUUCUAUCGCAGCUAUCUCGUCUUCAGGCGUAUCGUAUAUUCGUCCGAAAAUUCUCUCUAAAGAUAAUGGUCAUAUUAUUUUAAAAGGAGCACGUCAUCCAUGUUUGGAAAUGCAAGAUCGAGUCAGUGUUAUUCCAAAUGAUGUACAUCUUGAACGUGGUAAACAAAUAUUCCUAAUUAUUACUGGUCCGAAUAUGGGUGGCAAGUCAACUUUUAUACAUAGUGUUGCCGUUAUUGUUGCUAUGGCCCAAAUUGGCAGCUUUGUUCCGUGUUCAUACGCAGAAAUUAUGCCAGUCGAUGCUAUUAUGGCACGUGUUGGUGCGGCUGAUUAUCAAUGUCGUGGUGUUUCUACAUUUUUAGCAGAAAUGCUUGAAACUUCAGCUGUUUUACGAGUUAGUAUAUUUAUUUUUACAUAUACUAUGUGUGCACAUAUCAACGCUUUAAAAAUACAAUUCAUCGAUAUCCAACCUCUCAGUAGUUCAGUUCAAUAAUUAUAGAUGAUAGAGAGAUAAUGUUCAAAUCAGGUGGAUCCUUCUAGUGUUGUCGAGUUCUUCAAACUAAAUAAUUUAAUUGUGGAUUUUCGAUUAUUUUCCUCGAUAACAUUAUCAGUUGGUUGUUGCAAAAGCGUUAAAUCAAUUCGCUCUAGCGCCUUUGUUUUUGAGUGUUUAUGUCCGCUAACUCUAUUUGUUGUUAUCUUCGAUUUUUAACUGAAGGAAUAUAUUAUAUCUUGAACACCUCUGACCAAAAUCACGUGACAAAUCACUAUUCAGAAUCCUGAUUCUAAUUUGGUCCGUUUUGCGUCAACUACUUACUCGAUAACUUGUCUCUGGCUUGGUCAAUUACACAUCCGAUCAACACUAUUAACCUUGAGUCAAUAGCUAAGUUCCUAUUAGUUCACUAUUCGCUAGCUCCUCUAUAUGUCGUGCCCUUCAGUUCAAGUCAUCGACGAGCUUCCACCAUAUGUUUCGAACAGAUGUAGAUUAUAUAUAGACAUACCACGCUAUAAAAUGAAAAGUGACAAUUAUAUACGAAUAAGCCAAUUGUAGCUAUGAUUAGGGAGACUAUGAAUAAAAGAUAAUAGAAAUAUUAACAAUAAAUCAUGUGAUAAUAUUCUAUGGGUUAAUCGGAAUUUUAUAAUAAAUGGAAUAUAUAGACAUAGUAACCUAGUUACGUAACACUUAUGUAAUAAGACUACAUGUAGUAAUAACAGUUUAUAAAUUUGUUCUAUGAGUUACCAUUCCUUCAAUCCUGGUUCUGACAUAACAGAAUUAUAAAAAUAGCAGCCGUUGCGGACACCACUUCAUCAUCUCACAUGUGUUUAAUGUACUGUAAUAAUUCAGUUCUUGCAAAUUUCGAUUAAUGUAAAUAAACGACAAUGACUUAGUUAAUAUAUUUGUAAUAUUCCAGUGAGUAGAAAAAUUAGAUUUUGUGACUCAGUGUAAGCCACUUCUUCAGAGAAUAAACAACCAAAUCAAAAUUAAUCCAUGUUUAAAUAAUACAAAGGAGCAACACAAGAAUAUCAUGUGCGAGAUCUUGACUCAAGCCAAAGAAUAUAUUAUUUACACAAAGAAACCACAUAGUAAUCCCGUCGAACUGGAAAAACUUCAAGUUACAUCGUCAAUAGCUGUUCACACCAUUUUCAACAACAAUCAAAUCGAUUUCAAAAACAUCAAAAUAUUACAAAAAGGUUUUUCCAACUACAAAGAAAGGAGAAAGACCUCACUAUACAUCCGACUUGGACUAUCUAUUCUAGCUACCAUGUCUGAUAUUACUCACAUUUCACACUAUUAUCGUACAUACAAACUAAGCUCCAUCCUCUCACACCACAAAGGUCACAAUUUUUCAUCCCUGACCUUGCAUACGUACACACACGCACAAAUUUACAUAAAUGUCGCUUGACUGAAAUGACAUGACAUUGACUUGUUCAGACCUGUUUUUUGAUUGGUCGCGUAUAAUAUUCUUGCGUUGUUCCUUUGUAUUAUUCAAACAUGGAUUAAAUUGGAUUUGGUUAUUUAUUCCCUGAAGAAGUGGCUUACACUGAGUCACGAAACGUCGGAAAAUCUAAUUUUUCUAUUCUUUAGGAUAUUGCACAUAUAUUAAUUUUUCAUGACAAUCUACCCAAUGCUCAAUUUUUUCGAAAUCAUCAAGUCAAACCUUGGUGAUGAUGGUAGAUUUCGUUUUUCACUAAACUUACAUUUUUUUAUUGUCUAUACAUCAAUUAAUUAAUUAGUUGGAUUGUCAUCGUAUUUUUCAAUGAGAAGGGAUGUUAAUCGGACGGAGGAAUUUUAAUGUUUUCUGUGUAAUUGUCGAAUCACAACGAAUAAAAAUAGCGUAUUAUUAUUAUUAUUAUUAUUA